AUGCUGCCCUGCCGGCUGAUCCGUGUGGCUGCCGGCGCCACGCGCCGACCUAUAGAUUCCCGACAGUUGUCGACGUCCGGACAAUUCCUCAAGAAGCAGGAUAUCUACCCACCACGCAUCCAGAUCCCCGAUGCUGAUAUCAAGCACUCUUUCGUCCUCGGCUCCGGUCCAGGCGGCCAAGUCAUCAACAAGACCGCUUCCGCGGCGCAGCUCACGCAUCUACCCACAGGUAUCGUGGUGAAAUCGCAGGCUACGCGUUCCCGGACUCAAAACUACAAGCUCGCACGACGGAUCCUCGCGGACAAAGUGGAUGAACACCUUCAUGGGAAGGACUCGAGGCCGGCGUUGAAGCAGGAGAGGAAGAGCAAGAAGAAGCAGAGUGCUGACAAGAAGAAACGGAGGAAGUAUCGGAAGCUCGAUGAGGGCAUGGUUGACUCUGAGCUUGGAGAGGUUGGUGAGGCGGGAGAUGAGGCCGCUCUUGACGAGUCGAGCCGCAAGAACGAGAGCGCAGUGCGAACCUAG